UAAAGACCUCGUGGUAUUCUCAAUCUGAAUUCCAUGCUGAAAUUAAAUAUUUUAAAAAUCGUUUGAUUCCUUGGUGUAGUUCUUCACAGUUUCACAUAAGAAAAAUGAACGAAAUUUAUCUGGAUAUUAACGUCUUUUAGCAAGAAGGAAGAUAAGAAUAAUGGUUUAAACUUUAUUUAAAGGAUGGCAGCAAAUAUAUCGAAAGCAAAGUUUUUACAAAGUUUUAUAGGAGUGAGGUUUUGUACAGGAUGGCAACAGAGGCUACAGAGCUCGAGAUUUUCACGUUGCGUGUGUGGUGUUGGGACAAAAGACAAGAUUUUAGCAAGAGAAAGGACUCGUGUAAAUCUUAAGUUUGUUCCUCGUGGAUUUUCAACGAGCAUUGCACGAUAUAGUCAAGUAUGAUAUUUUGAUCUGUAGAAACACAUUUACAGCAUUCAGGGAUUUAUAAAAUACUGUUUAUACUUUUGCAUAAAAUACUGUUUAUGCUGGAAAAAUCUUAAAAAGUUUUUCCUAUACCCUUUAACCCCCUCCCUUGAUCAAGUCCCCUCCCCCCUCCUCCCACUUGGGCAAAUCCCCUCCCCUCCCCCCCACACACACAGAGUUUUGACAGCCGAUUUGGCCUUAUUUUGAUGUAUAACCUCUGUGAGCAAAGUAACACCAUUCUGAACAUAUAUCACCCCUAAAAUCAUCUAUCCCCCACCUCCCCCCAACUUUGAAAUAUUUUAGCGUGGGGCUCAACAGCUUUACUUGGAACCUUGUGUCCGGGCUCUUUUCUAUCUUGCUGGAGAAGGGAAGUAUUUGGUUACCUUGGGGUGCACCCCCUUUCCAUUAUCCCCCUCGCCCUGAUUUGUUGGAUGUGCUUGGAUCUUUGGCUAAUCUUGCACCCUAGAUCUGCCCUUUCUCAGCAGAAGAGCUCUGCCCAUCUUUAAUUUUUGUUAUAAUUUUGCGCUAUCCAUUAUUCUCUAGAUAAGAGCUCAAAAUAACUUUCAAGGUAUUCUUAUUUUAUAUACUUUAAUCCAGUUUAAUACUGAUUCGAUCAUAUGACAAUCUCAUUUAAUUUCUUUCAAAAUGAACUGGUAUAGUAAUCCUUCAUUUGUCUCAACCUAUUAAGUCCUUGUCUAUUGUCUAUGUCUAUUGAGUUCUUGUUUCAUCUUGAGUUCUUUUUUCUUGUUUUGAGUUUUUUUUUCUUGUUUUUUUUUCCAGUAUCAAAGGAUGCAUUGGUUAGUUUUGCAGAGAAAAUAAAUUGGUCAUUGUCUAGUGAUGAACUCUUGAUAAAUGCCCUUACACACAAGUCAUAUGUGACGUCAGAUAAUGACGUGCUGGGCACGUCGUUUAACCAUAAUGGGCGGCUUAUACAUUUGGGUGAGUAUGGCCUGACACUGAGGCUAAGUGAACCAUGUUCAGAAUCUCCUUGUGACUAGUCACUUUUUAGAUAACAUCGCUCUAUGUCAGAAAUUGUGUUGCAAAUUGCAGCAAAGAGUCCCUGAUGUAACAGUCUUUAUGUUACAAGAUGCAAUAUAAAUUGGUGAAUCCAUUUUCUUCAUUUCACCAAUAGGGUAUGAAACAGCAUCUAGUUUUAUAACAGAAAUCCUUUAUUUCAAACAUCCCACAUUAACUGCUGAACAAUUAUGGUAAGUUUUUUAAUGCGAAGAAGAAUUUGAUCAGUGUUUGUUUCUGAUGCACAGAAUAAGAUCUGUUAUAUGUAACCUCACAAUGUUGUAAAAUGUAUCAUUUAGGGAUCUGCAAAAUGGUCUGCUGCGCCAGGAUUUGCUUGAAAAAUGUGCACGGGAACUUGGAUUACAUGAUUUGAUAUUUUCAAAGGUUUUGUAUUUUUUAUUUUUUUUACUGACUCUUUGCCAUCUUUGACUUUGGACUUAAUUCUGAAACGUUUUGAUUGUUUAUACCAAAGUGGGUCCAAAGUGUAUACUAAGAAUUCCUUUAUUGUCAUGUAUAGGAUGAAGUCAGUGGUCAAAUUAUUGCUGAGGCAUUGUUAGCCAUUAUUGGCUCAAUAUAUAUGAAUCAGGUAUAGACUGUAGUAUCCUACUUUAAUUAAUUAAUAUAUUGGAUAGCUCUAUCAGCAGCUCCAGUCAUCCCAAGUCCAAGAUACCGAUAUUUUUUAGUUUGGGUUUAAAUUUUUUUUUCAUGAACUUGUUGUAGCCUCCUGGUUUGACUCGUGAGUUUAUGGAGAACUAUGUUGUCCCAGAACUAACAGAAGAAACGAUUAAAGAGAUUUGUCAAUUUGAACAUCCAAAGUUUAUGUUGCAACAACUCAAUGCUAGAAUGAACCUUACUGCAAAGUAUGAUUUGAUAUUUCAUAUUGUAAUUAAUAUGUCAGACAAUCCCAGCGUAGACCAUGUUAUUCUAGCUAUGACAUUGUAUGGAUUUAUAGAUAGGUUAGUGAAUGGGAAUUAGUGCUGUUUUAUUUUUUAAAGAAUUUUGCAAAAGGAUUCCAAACAGGACGUUUACGGUGACGAGACAGAAAAAUAUGAAGUUGGAAUUUUCCAACAAGAUGAAAUGAUUUGCAAAGGUAUAGAAAUGUUAUUUGUUCAUUCUUGUGCGAAAAAAGCAUCGGUUUCCUCAUUUUUUCACCACCAAUUUUUAUUUCCUAAAGGAGAAGGAGAUUCGCAGUUUAAAGCUGAAAAGAAUGUAGGUGCUUUGUGAUCUGUAUAAACCAAACUAACUUAUAAUAUUUGUACUGUUCUAUCUGUUGUAAACUGUUUUCCCAAAAUUUUCAUUGAAGGUCAGUCCUUUUUGGUCCAGUGUUACAUCAGGCGGAAACUGGAAUGUACAGAGAAACCUGCAAUGUCUUGUAGAGUCAAAAUAUUGCAAAAACCAAACUUCGGUCACUGACAUAUUAGGGGAAUAAACCACUGUGCAACCAAUAUUACUUCAAUAUGUAUUUUUAAACUUUGACUAGGCAUGUCAAAACCUUUUGAAAGAGAUAUAUUUGGACAAGUUGAAGAAAGCAAAGUUUCCACUAGACUAUGAUGAAUUUAUGUCUGAAGAUGAAAUCAAUCUGGGCUUGCUGGCUGAAGGAAUCAGAGCUGUCGAGAUAGAAAAGGUCUCGCAUUGUAACAAACCUGCAGACUUGUAGCAGUACUGUUCCAAGAACUUUUCAACAGGAUGUGUUCGCACUGCUUGUUCCCAGCUUGUUGAUAAGUUGUCAACUUGCUACAAGGUUGUUGAGUUCAACAGACUUGUUACAAGUUGUUCCAACAACUUGUUAUCGUCCUGCAAUUCAACAAUUUGUCAACAAGUUGUGAGUGAUUACCAUUGUUACAACUUGUUCACAAGCUUGCUACAAGCCUGUUGCGAACGCAUCUUGUUGACAAGUUGUGAGAUUUUUACGUGUUUACAUACGUAAAAAUGCACAAGUUGUUACAGGUUUGCAAACAAGUUUUUACAAAUCUCUCCACAAGCUGCCGACAAGUUGUGUUCGCACUGCUUGUUCCCAGUUGUUGUAACAAGUUUGGAACAAACUGUUAACAACUUGUAACAAGCUUGAUGGCAUUAUCAGACUUGUUACAAGGUUGUUCUGACAAGUCUGAUACAGUCGUGAUAUACCGGUAACAAGAAUGUUGCAAGGUUGACCACACAAGGUUGAAACAAUAUUGUUAUAUCAAGAUCGUAUCAGACUUGUUGGAACAACUUUGCAACAAGUCUGAUAAUAUCAACAAGAUUGUUACAAGUUGUUAACAGCUUGUUCCAAACUUGUUGACAACUUGGGACAAGCAGUGCGAACACAACUUGUUGACGACUUGUUGGCAGAUUUACCACAAGAUGCGAGGUUUUUACGUGUGUACAUGAACAACAAUGCUAAGAUCAAUGACAAGUUUUGUGAAAUAUUUUAUAGUUGUUUUGAAACUGUUUCGUCGGUUGGAUCACCAAAAAAACUGAUAAUGUGAUGACUGACCGUAUUAACAUACGGGCAAUUUCAUUUAUUUUACUUUUUACAAUUUUAGGGCGAGAGUGGAUUUGGAUUUUCUCUGAAAGGAGGCGAAAUGAGGAGUGAAGAAAACAGAGACUUUGUGAAGUAUCAUUACUACUAUCCUCCCUUCAUCUCAUCUGUUGUGGGAGGUGGACCCGCUGAAAGGUAUAGGAUAUCCACGAGCGCUUGCGAAACAUUUCACACGAAAUGAAUGGGUAAUUCCAGCUAUAUAUAGACUAAUUUUUUAUCUAGAAAAGAAGGACGAAAUCUAUCAUUAUAGCUUAAAAGAACAAUUGCCAAGUUUGGUUGCGAAAUGUUGUAAAAUACGGAAAAUAUAGCCCUGUGAAAUUAGCAAAUUUUGAGUACUUUAGUAUUACGCGCAGAAAAAUUCACUACUUUUGAGCCGAAAGUGUUGCUUCUGCUCGUAAUACUAAAAUACUCAAAUUUUGCUAAUUUUACAGGGCUUUAUUUUCCGUAUUUUACAACAUUUCGCAACCAAACUUUGCAAUUUUAUUAAUUUUAGGGUGCUCUUUUCAGCUAUAAUGAUAGAUUUCGUCUUUCUUGUUUAGAUAGAAAAUUAGUCGACAGCUUGAAUCACGCAUUCAUGCAUGGGCAGUAACGAUACAUUAGGUUUCGCGACAUGGGGGAACCGGGCGGCAGCCCCCAGUUUGUUGGGCAAGCAAAGCCAGUCGGGCAAUAUUCGCUCCACAGCGAAUUUAUUAUAAAAAUAAAUGGGACAAAUUCUGUCAAUUUUGUGGGAAAUUCUGUCAAUUUUGUGGUCAAUUUUGUGAUGUCUGGAAGAUUUGUAUGAUUUGCGAAACAUUUUGGUAAGUCCGAAAAAUUUUUGGACCCCUAAAAUGGUACACUGACCGAAAUUUUUUUGGCAACGGGGGGGUGGGGGGAGGUCGUCAAAAUUAAUUUGUUACGGAAAAAAAAAUUUCGGCACUGGUCGGGCAGAAUCCGAAAAAGUCGGGCAAAUUUCUUUCCGCCCCCCUAAUUUUUUCCUUCCGGUACACCCAUGUUUCGCGAGGAAAAAUUUCGCUUCGUCAGUAAGUAGAAGUCAGUUCUACUACGAAAGAGAAAAAAGUGGAAAAAUUCACUAGAAUCACCCAUGUGCAACCAUCUGUUGUUUAGAUGUGGUUUAAAACCUGGCGAUGUGAUACUGGCUGUCAAUGAUAAGGUAAGUCAUGGCCGAUGUAUAAAUAGUACAGUUUGCGUGCGGUUAGAUGCAAGGUAUAUAUGCCUACUGUAUAUGAAACUUGAAGUCAAAUACUGUAUGGUAUAUGAUGGUUGACUUAUGCAUUACGUAAAAUCUAUGGAAACAUUUUUCCGUUGUAGAACACUAAAGGAAUGGGUCAUCACAAAAUGGUUAAAUUGCUUGAGUCCCUAAAAGGUUCGAAAUAUUUUGUGUUCAGUUUGACCAAAAAUUCUAAAUCUAAUUUAUACUCCGUUAAAUCUCUGUGAACUCAAGGCUAUUUUCACAACGCAAAGUACACUAUCAGUAUUGUAAAGAAAGCAAGAUUUCCUGUUGGCUUUCUUGCCCGUACCAACCCACGAACGAAAAUGUAUCAUAGUUUUCUUUUUCACCAGGAAAAGCGAAGUUUACCGUCAAGUUUAGCAAAAAAGGUGAGCAUGCAUAUUUUAACGGAUUGUGAAUAAAAUACCAUUUAUAACAACCGUUUACUGGAUUCAUUGCAGUAUUAAUCAGCGAUGAAAUUGAGAGAAAAUUUGGCCAGUUUCAAGAAGGAAAGUUGCUGUCACAGUUGACUGAUCCGAAGUGGUCAGAAUGGCAUCAUUCCCAUUCCAAAAACAACAGACUUGAGUACGAUACUUUGGUUUCAAAACGUCAGGACGAGGGUUUGUUGCCGAAGAUAACGAAGCAUUAGAGCAUACACAAUCCAAGAGACAUGCAACUGGGAUUGACGUCAGGAUUGCCUGUGUCUAUGAUUACUGUUACCCACCUGAAUGACAAGGCUGCAUUUUGGUGAAAAUUCUGGGAGAGGUGGGGAAAUAUUCAAAUGCCAAAACUGAUUUUUCAAAUGCCAGAACUCCGUUUUCAAAUGCUAAAACUCUGUUUUCAAAUGCCAAAACUGAUUUUUCAAAUGCUGCAGAACUCCGUUUUCAAAUGCUAAAACUCUGUUUUCUAAUGCCAAAACUGAUUUUUCAAAUGCUGCAGAACUCCGUUUUCAAAUGCUAAAACUCUGUUUUCUAAUGCCAAAACUGAGUUUUCAAAUGCCAGAACUCCGUUUUCAAAUGCUAAAACUCUGUUUUCAAAUGCCAGAACUCCGUUUUCAAAUGCCAAAACUCUGUUUUCAAAUGCCAGAACUACCUUUUUAAAAGCCAGAACUCCGUUUUCAAAAAAAACAGAACUACCUUUUCAAAUGGCAUAAUUCCCUUUUCAAAUGCCAGAACUCCUUUUUCAAAAGCCAGAACUCCGUUUUCAAAUGCUAAAACUCUGUUUUCAAAUGCCAAAACUCCUUUUUCAAAAGCCAGAACUCUGUUUUCAAAUGCCAAAACCAGGGGCGUAACUCCUGGGAGUGUUGUACAAAUUCGGUAAGUUAGUGAAAAUGGUAUGUCCGAAAAUUUUUCUCCCAACAAUUUUGGCAAAAGAAAUAUUAAUUAUCGACUGAAAUGACCAUCGGGCACGACUUUCGCCACGCUCUUUUGGGCUCACAAUACCCCCAGUAUCAAUAUAUCCAAGUUAUGGCCCUGCACAUACAGAGCCAGAGGAUAAACAUGGUGUAUAUAAUACAAAAUUUUAAUGUACUGAUUUGUAUUUGGCAUACAGUAUUCCUUCAAAGUUUAAAAUAUGACUAUGUCAGAUAACUAGGAAAGGGGGAUAGUCUCCCUCGUGGUUAGGCUUAUAUACCAACUAAACUAUAGGCCAUUUUGACUGGCUACUUAACUAACAAUUGGUGUACAAGACUAUUUGCAAAUUUUACUAAGCACUAUCGUGUGCAGCAGUUAUCAGAGUGAGAAAAUAAUGGUAAUAGGGAGUUUAAGUUUCCGGGAACGGCAAACGGCAGGUUCGAAAAAUUCUUUGGAAAAUUUUCGUUGAGCGUUUUCGUUUCAUAUUUUUUUUCUUGUGUCGAAAGAACAAUCAUGCAUUGCAGUUUUAAAACAGCAAGUUUAUUUACUCUUUAUUGCCUGAUACCGUAAAAUUUUUCUUUGCCUAGCGUUUGCAGUACAACGCGAAGCUUAAACUCUCUAAUUCUUUUCAUUAUAUGUAAAUAUUUGGUGGCAAAGAUCAUUAGCCAGAAAGUGAAAUCAUAAUAUAACCUCUCUAAGUUAAUUUAACAGCUACUGUGGUGCAUAAUUUUAUGUCCUGUCCAAGGUAAGUGCAGUACUAAUGGAUGAUUGGUUCAAUUAUUAUUCCUUGUCCGUGUAUAGUUUAAAUAAUUAUUUUUUGUAUUCGAUUCUUUCAACUUUAACUUCAUCAUCAACCAGCUGGUAGACAUACGUCACAACUGUUGAGGCUUGAAUAUCCAUGAGAACGAACGAUGGUGUCACUUUUCUGC